AUGGCCAGGACAAAUAAUGUGACUGAGUUAAUUUUGACUGGCCUUUUCCAGGACCCACAGGUACAGAGAGUGUGCUUUGCGCUGUUUCUUCCUGUGUACCUGGCCACGGUGCUGGGCAACGGCCUCAUCGUGCUGACGGUCGCCAUCAGUAAAAGUCUCAAUUCUCCCAUGUACUUCUUCCUUAGUUAUUUGUCUGUGGUGGAAAUCAGUUACUCUUCCACUGUUGUCCCUAAAUUCAUCACAGACUUACUUGCCAAGAUUAAAACCAUCUCUCUUGAGGGCUGUCUGACUCAGAUAUUCUUCUUCCACUUUCUUGGUGUUACUGAGAUCCUUUUGCUUGUGAUGAUGGCCUAUGACCGCUAUGUGGCCAUCUGCAAGCCUCUUCAUUACACGACCAUAAUGAGUCGUCAACUGUGCCAUGUGCUGGUGGCUGGCUCCUGGUUUGGGGGCUUUCUUCACUCCAUCAUUCAGGUCAUCAUCACCAUCCAACUGCCCUUCUGUGGCCCCAAUGUGGUGGACCACUACUUCUGUGAUCUCCUGCCGUUAUUCAAGGUUGCCUGCAAGGACACCUUUGUGGAAGGGGUGAGUGUGUUGGCCAACAGUGGUUUGAUUGCUCUGUGCUCCUUUAUCAUCUUAUUGAUCUCUUAUAUCGUCAUUCUGGUCCAUCUGAGGAACCAUUCUGCAGAAGGGCGGCGCAAGGCCCUGUCCACCUGUGCCUCUCACAUCACAGUGGUCCUCUUGUUUUUUGGUCCUGCCAUCUUCCUCUACAUGCGACCAUCUUCCACCUUCACCGAGGACAAAUUGGUGGCCGUGUUCUAUACGGUCAUCACCCCCAUGCUGAACCCCAUCAUCUACACACUCAGAAACAAAGAGGUGAAAAUCGCCAUGAGGAAGUUGUGGGGCAAAAAGACCUCAGGAAUGGACUGA